AUGAGCUCCUCGGGCGAUGACACCCCACUCGUCAAGGCCAAUGGCCGCCAUACGGGUGAUAUGUCUACUAAUCUGCCAUGGGGCAAUGCGACAGAGACGAACGGUCACGUUGACCCGGGAGUGUCGAUUCGAUUCGGUCCGGUGAAGUCCGAGAAUGAUGUUGAGAUGGCGGAUGCGGAUGCUCCAGGCAGUGCCACUUCUAAGAGAAAGUCGCGAAACAGUGUUGGUCAGAUAAAGUCAUAUGCUGAACCGGAAAGCAGUGAGGAGGAUCAACCUUUGAGCAAGCGUCGUCGCACGUCUGUCAAGCACGAGGAUCCUGAGACGGAUGAUGAUGUGCCUCUGGCGCUUAACGGUCGGAAGCUCCCGAAGGCUUCCGAAACUGCCAUUGGCGAAGAAUCGGACUCGGAUGUUCCCAUCGAACGGAAGCUUGCUGCGGAGAAAAAGCGGAUACAAGUCAAGGGCGAGAACGCGGCAGCGGCCAAGCCUAGCCGUAGCCAGGCCACUUCGAAGAGCACCAAGGCAGCAGCGCCCAAGAAACAGGCCAAUGGUGUGAAGAAGGAGCCCGAGGACUCGAAGCCCAGCAUGGUGAAGAAGACCGCCAAACACGCCAGAGCUCCGGAGAAGCCCGUCGUUACCACCGUCAAGCGAGGAGCUGCGGCUGGCAGAGCUACCGCCGCCAAAGGUGCUGCCGCCAAAGCCACCCCUGUGAAGAAAGAGGAAAGUGAAGAAGUCGAGGACGGUGAAGAAGAAGAGGAGUAUCGGUGGUGGGAGGACCCGACCAAGGGCGAUGGUACGAUCAAAUGGACCACCCUCGAACACAACGGCGUGGUUUUCCCUCCACCAUAUGAACCUCUUCCCAAGGAUGUUAAGUUGAAGUACGAUGGCAUUCCCGUCAAUCUUCAUCCUGACGCUGAAGAAGUCGCUGGCUUUUUCGGAAGCAUGCUGAACUCUACGCACAAUGUGGAAAACCCGACAUUCCAAAAGAACUUCUUCAUGGACUUCCGGGACAUUCUUAAGAAGACUGGUGGCGCAACAGAUUCUAAAGGUAACAAGGUUGAUAUCAAGGACUUUUCCAAGUGUGAUUUCCAGUCCAUCUUCAAUUAUUAUGAGAUGAAACGCCUUGAGAAGAAGAAUUUGCCACCUGCUGAGAAGAAGCGGUUAAAGGCCGAGAAAGACGAACAGGAAGCUCCUUACAUGUACUGCAUGUGGGACGGUCGCAAGCAAAAAGUCGGCAACUUCCGUGUCGAACCUCCUUCCCUGUUCCGUGGCCGCGGUGAACAUCCCAAGACUGGCCGCGUCAAGGCUAGAGUUCUACCGGAGCAGAUUACGAUUAACAUUGGCAAAGAGGCGACUGUUCCUCCGCCACCGGAGGGUCACAACUGGAAGGAGGUGAAGCAUGAUCGAGAAGGCACAUGGCUUGCCAUGUGGCAAGAGAACAUCAACGGUAAUUACAAAUAUGUUAUGCUUGCCGCCAAUUCCGAUGUCAAGGGCCAAAGCGAUUAUAAGAAGUUCGAAAAAGCCCGCGAAUUGAAACACCAUAUUGCCCGGAUCCGCAAGGAUUACCAGAAGAACCUCAAGCAUGAACUGAUGGUGGAGCGACAAAAGGCUACGGCCGUCUACCUCAUUGAUCAAUUUGCCCUUCGUGCUGGUAAUGAGAAGGGUGAAGAUGAGGCUGAAACUGUCGGCUGCUGUUCCCUCAAGUACGAGAACGUCACUCUCAAGCCACCGAACAAGGUUGUUUUCGACUUCUUGGGUAAAGAUAGUAUUCGUUUCUACGAUGAAGUCGAAGUUGAUGCGCAGGUUUUCAAGAACCUCAAGAUCUUCAAGAAGGCUCCGAAGAAGGAGGGUGACGAGAUUUUCGAUCGGCUAACAACCUCCGCACUCAACAAACACUUGUCGAAUUAUAUGCAAGGCUUGACCGCGAAGGUGUUCCGUACCUACAAUGCCUCUCACACCAUGUCUACGUUGCUGAAGGACAUGAAAGCCACCGGUAACAUCGCGGAGAAGGUCAAGGCGUACAACGAUGCCAACCGUAAGGUUGCCAUCCUUUGUAACCACAAGAGAACUGUUGCUGCAUCCCACGCCAACCAGAUGGAGAAGAUGAGCGAGCGCAUCAAAGGUCUUCGCUAUCAGCGUUGGCGUUUCAAGCAGCAGAUGCUCAACCUUGAGCCCACGCUCAAGAAGAAGAAGGGCGCCAAGUUCUUCGAAAUGGACGAGGACAUGGACAUGGAAUGGGUCAAGGAACACCAGGCUUUCCUGCUCGAAGAACAACGGCAGAAGAUCCAGAAGAAAUUCGAGAAGGACAAUGAAAAGCUUGUAGCCGACGGGGAGAAGGAAAUGAAGGCUAGCGAGCUGGAAUCGCGUCUCCAGGUCGUCAAGGACCAGGAAAAGAAGUUCAACAAGGAGAACAAGACCGGCAAGGUGGAAGCUGAAGGCAAGGCUCCCACCGUCGAGAAGCUUGAGACCGCCAUCAAGAAGCUCGAGCAGCGCAUCGAGACGAUGGAGCUUCAAGCCCAAGAUAAGGAGGACAACAAGGAAGUUGCCCUGGGUACCUCGAAGAUUAACUACAUCGACCCCCGUCUCACCGUCGUCUUCAGCAAGAAAUUCGAUGUCCCCAUCGAGAAAUUCUUCUCCAAGGCCCUCCGUGAGAAAUUCGAAUGGGCCAUCAAAUCCGUUGACGAGACCUGGGAAUUUUGA